AUGAAAGGCAGAAUAGAGGUCGUCGUCCCAUUGUCUCAAAGAGACUUUGAUGACUGUAGAGAAAAAAGAGCCAGGCCAGUAUACAACCUUUUUAAAGAAAGGAUCUACAAAGGACAUUGCUUCCGAAUCAACCACUUCCCUGAAGACAACGACUAUGACCAUGACAGCUCGGAGUACCUUCUCCGCAUUGUCCGUGCCUCCAGCGUGUUUCCCAUCCUAAGCACUGUAUUACUACUGCUGGGAGGACUCUGUGUUGGAGCAGGAAGGAUUUACAGCAGCAAAAACAACAUUAUUCUCAGUGCUGGGAUUCUUUUUGUUGCAGCAGGAUUAAGUAAUAUCAUAGGAAUCAUUGUCUACAUAUCAAGCAAUGCUGGUGACCCAAGUGACAAGCGAGACGAGGACAAAAAGAACCAUUACAGCUAUGGCUGGUCUUUUUAUUUUGGAGCUUUGUCUUUUAUUGUGGCUGAAACCAUAGGAGUGCUGGCUGUGAACAUUUACAUUGAGAAAAAUAAAGAGCUGAGGUUUAAGACCAGGAGGGAAUUCCUUAAGACUUCUUCUUCUCCUUAUGCCAGGAUGCCAAGCUAUAGGUACAGGAGGAGGAGGUCCAGAUCAAGUUCUAGAUCGACAGAGCCUUCUCCGUCUAGGGACGUUUCCCCAGUUGGCAUGAAGAUUUCAAGCUCCAUCCCCAUGAAUGAAAUUUCCAUGUACACUUUAUCCAGAGAGCCCCUGAAGGUUACAACUGCAGCCAGUUACAAUGCAGAACAAGAAGCCAGUUUUCUGCAGGUCCACAACUUCCUUCAGAAGGAAUUUAAAGAAGGACUACAUGUCAGCAUGGUCAACAGAAGAACAACACCUGUUUGA